AUGGUAGGACGAAUUUGUUACCUCAUCUAUUUGUUAACAGCCGCUAAUCGCGCUGCGAAGCGUUUCGGUUUCGGCUUCGCCUUUGCGUCUAGUCCCCAGGGAAAAAGCAACCACGGAAUACCCAGGAAGCCAAAGUACAUCUUCCAUGUACCCCGACACUGCGAACGCAAAGUGCGCCAUCCCCCUCGACCGGGCAAAACUCAAGCGCAUCCGUUACGUCCUGCCAUCGUCAAGAAGGCCGAGGAAUGGGAAGAGUACGUGCCAGACUACUUCCCGCGCUUUCUCCAGCUUCCGCUCGAGAUACGUGAGAAGGUCUAUCAUUACGCAAUGGACGGCCUCUCAACACGAUACUUCGUCCAGGCGUACAAGGACAUUUCGCCCCUGACCGUAGCUCCAGCUACACUCCCAAAUCUAUGUUUUGCCAGCAAGCAAUUACACAAGGAAGGACUCGCCGUCUGGAUCCGCCGCACACGCUUCACGGUCUUGAAAAGCAGCAUAACGCAUGUGGUUCCUCUGAUGAAUUUUCUUUCCGCUGUCAACGGCUUCAAACACGUGCGCAUGCUGUGUUAUGGCGAUCUCCUCGCCUACGGCCUGAAACACCAGAGGGUGUACAUAACCACGGGUGAAGAUCUAGCUGCCAAGUGCACUGGACUCCGCAGUCUAAUCUUCGAGUUGGACUAUUUCUGGCUAACAGAUUUUGCGCGUGCGCCAGCGCCUGUGAAGCUGGCUCCAAAGAAGGAGGUAAAGAAGCGGUUGAGGCUUGAGCCAGUCUACCAGCUAACCAGUUUGAGGAAGCUGAAGAUCGAGGUGGUUGUGCCCUGGUCCCGAGGAAAACGCUUUGAACAGCAGGGUGGAUUGACGCGUUUGACGGAGAUAAUCACCGAAGGCUUUGAAGCGGCAGGGAGAGGUGGGGCUGUAGAAUUGCAGCUUGAGAUGGUAGCUAGGAGGCUGUUGGUCGGAACGUAG